GACAAGUGAUCAUACCAAGAUGACCCUUGUUUUGCGAGAACUGUUUUCUGUUUGUUUCAGAUAAAUUGUGUUCGUAGCAUUCGUAUAUGCUAUGACACUUGGAGGGUUAAUCGAGUUGUAGUACAUUUUAUAAAAGCAACCAACGGCCCUUAGCAGUACUUUUCUAAGUCGACAGCUAGUCCGAAAAUGUUCUUAUUAUGGCACUUUCUAGCGCUGCCACUUCUACUUUCGGUCGCCGCGUAUCUCGUGUUUCGUUGGAAGAACCGUCGUUUUGAUCGAAUUUCUGCCGAACUACAGGGACCGAAAGGAUAUCCAUUCAUCGGCUGUGGUCAUCUCUUCAUCGGAAAAAGCAACGAGCAACAGUUCGCCAUUUUAAACGACAUUACGAAAACCUAUCCUUCGCCCGUUCGAGCCUGGCUCGGUCAGAAGUUUGUGGUGUUCAUCGAUAACCCGGAAGAUUUGCAAAUAGUUUUGAAUUCACCCAACUGCCUGGAGAAAGCCGAUGUUUACCGAUUCUUCCACUGCGAAAAAGGUUUAUUUUCAUCUCCAGCCAGUGUUUGGAAAGUCCACCGGAAGCUUUUGUCACCAUGUUUUAGUCCUAAUAUUUUAGCCAGCUUCUUGCCAAUAUUCAAUUUGAAAAGUGCAAUUUUAGUGCAAAGAAUUGAGAAGCAUGUCGGGCGGAAAGAAUUCAAAAUCAAUGAGGACAUUGCAAGAUGUACUUUGGAUAUGAUUUGCGCUACCACGUUGGGAACCGAUAUGGACUUGCAGAGCGACGAAGGAACUGAAUACAUAAGGGCUAUCGAAGAAGCAUGUGAACUAAUAAAUCAGCGUGUGUUCAAGCCCUGGCUCCAUCCAGAUUUCAUCUACGAAAAAACCAAAAAUUUCCAAUUGGAGAAGGAGAGUUUUGAGAAGGCUUACAAAAUGGCACGCAAGGUUUUAAAACUUAAGCAAGAGCAAAGAAGCAAAUCCAAAUAUGUUCCGACACGUGCUGAAGACGAGAAAAAGCCUCAGAUUUACAUUGAUCAAAUUCUACGGAUCGCAGAAGAGACAGACAUUUUCGAUGAUGCCGAUAUUCGAGACGAGCUGGAUACUAUUAUAGUAGGAGGAAAUGAAACAUCCGCUGUGACUCUGUCACAUGUGGUUCUCAUGCUGGCCAUGCACCAAGACAUUCAAGAAAAAAUGUACAACGAAAUAGUAAACGUAAUUGGAUCGCAAGAUCCCUCAAUCCCCGUGCAUAACGAUCACCUCGCCAAUUUGAACUACACCGAAAUGGUCAUCAAGGAAACAAUGCGUCUAUUCCCGGUUGGAGCAGUCAUUGGCAGAACCUGCACCGCUCCUACCAAAAUCUCAAAAGCUACGCUUCCCGAAGGUACUGUCAUCAUAUUGGGAGUGUUUAAUGUGCAUCGUAAUCCUAAGUACUGGGGACCACAAGCGGAAAGGUUUAACCCCGACAAUUUCCUGCCCGAACGAGCAGCGGAACGCCACCCGUACUCAUAUCUACCGUUCAGUGGAGGACCCCGGAACUGCAUCGGUUACAAGUAUGGUCUUAUGUCGAUGAAGAUCAUGAUGUGUCAUCUGUUGCGAUCAUACCGAUUCCGGUCUCCACUCAAAAUGGAAGAAUUACAGUUGAAAAUGAGCAUCACUCUAAAGGUUACCAACAAACAUUUGGUGCAAAUCGAAAAGAGAUAAUGGUCAACAUCAGGUCGUUUACUCGAAAAUCUUAUCAAAUGGAUUAUUGAAAACAGUCGAACCCGUCUUCUGGUUAUAUAGGGUAACGGUAUCCCAACUCAUCUCAGCUCCAGUGUUCAUUCGUCUCCUAUAUUAAAAUCAUAAGUUCGAGUAAAAUUGUGGUGUAAUGAUGGUUGAUGUCAUUCUCAUAUCACUACUAUUCUCAUAUACAAUGUUGUGGUAAUCUUCAAAAUAUUUGUUUGUUGUGCAUCAACUAGUAUAACCUAAAAAAUAAGACAGUUCCCAGCUUGUAUACCGUGGACCUCAGGUCCUCAAAGCAGUUUUUUUCGGUCAGCAAUUAUUUGUAGUAAUUAUUCGGUUGUUAUUGUGGUAUCCUGAAUUAUCUGAUAUCCACAUUGAGUGUGGGUAUGAUUGGUUUAGCGUGUAGAGCGCGGGAGAGUCUGGAUGACGGUGGAAGACGAGGAGUGAAAGGCGUCGAACGGGUAUGUAGAAUAUAAGUUGAUAACUGCUAGAUGGAGAAUAUCACAUUGGCGAUCCUGCCAUGAUAAACUGAUCUGGAGAAUCUUGAAUUCAUUUUCAUCGAUAGUAUAGUGAUUUUCACUGUCGCUAGAAAAGAUUGCGAUGCGAUAAGAUAGCGACAAAAUGCCGCAAAGAUCGCGAAACUGUCAUUCGCAUCGAUUCAACCCCUUCGAGACCACAAGCCAGAAAAAAAUAUUUUUUAAAUUGACCGUUACAAUGACUAAUUUUUUAUUUAUUAUUAAGAAAACUUCAGUCAUAAUGAAUUCAUAUUGAUAAUGCGUAUGAGGCAGAUUACGGCUAAAACUUGCACGGAUUUUUUAAGCGUUUGCUAUUUAUUUGACAUAAUGUACGAUUCAGACGAUCCACCUCUUUCCGUCACCGCCACCGGAACGUCAGCUUCCGUCAAAAUUAGUUUAAUACUUUCUUUACCGGAACGUUCACACGCUCCGUCCGUCAAGACGUUCCGUGACGGUGACGUUACGUGUGAAUGGCUCCAUAAGAAUGCAUGUAAUUAAUGUUGACUGUGACAAAAUAAGACGGAUCGUCUGAAUCGUACAUAAUGAUUAUUUUGUGCUUAGUAUGUUCCCUUUUCAUUUAUAUUUUGUAUUAAUCGACGCCUUGGUUUUCAAAACCUCGUGCUUUAUUCGAUUGUGCUAUUUGUCUACUCUAAAAAGUUGGUCGUCUUUGACAG